AUGCUUGCACUGACUCUUUUAAGUUAUCGUACAUAUAAGAAACCUAUAACAAAAACGGAACUUGAAUUAGCUGAAGUUAACCCUGUAAAUUUAGAAAGAGAUUAUACUACUUCCAACCUUGAAUCAAUUGUUGAUCAAGUUGUUAAUGAUUUCAAUCUAGAAAGAGAUAAGGUUUCAAAUUACUUUAGAUGUUCCAAAUAUGCAUCCUUAGCCAAGCAGCUUUUCAAUAGGAUUGAUUUUGAUCUACAAUCCAACGGCAAUAAGCUUGUAAGUCUCUCAGGCACUGUCAUGAAAAUUAUCAAAAAUGGUAAUGAGUAUCGUGUUGUUUGCCGGAAGGCUGGCAUUUCUGCACAAGUUGAGAGGAUUGCCUACAAAUUAUCACCAAAGACACAGCAAUGGGAGCGAUAUGACGUACUACCAUUUUUCAAAUACAUUCAUUUCAUGAUAAAGUCUUGGGAGCCACUUACUGGAGAUCAAAUCACAUCGAUCUACAACCAGCUAAAUAGCAUGAUUGCAGGUACUCUCAACGCUUAUAAAGCAAUAUAA